AUGUCGAAAAAUACCCCUACUAUAGCCGCCUCCUCUGUUCCUCUCUGCAUCUCUAGUAUUGACAUCCGCCUUGAUGAUACUUCGAAGAAGAAGGUCGAUUUUGCCGAGUUGAAGCUUGAUUCACAGCGACGGAAAAUCCACCACAGUUCGGAACCAGGCAAAAACCUCAGUGCAAAGUUCGAUCCCGCCAUAAAAGACAUCUUGGCCGAAACAGUGGAUCCCAGCGGACAACGAGAGUAUAGCACGGUUCAGCGGAAGAUGACAGUUGCCAUUACUACAAUAUCGCAGUCGCAGUCGACUAGCAGGGAUAUUCUAGAGAAUUGCCCGAGAUUCCGGCUACUGGUGAUAGGCAAUACUGGAGUCGGAAAGUCGACACUGAUCCGGCAGGCAUUCAAACUAAAUGAACAUGUUGCUGACUACGAGUGUGGUAAAGCGAAUAUCAACGAGGAAUUCACUGCGCCAGAAAAUGAACGAUUCGUCGUCCACGAUAGUCAGGGAUUUGAAGCUGGCGAUAGCGAAAAUUUUGCGAUUGCAAAAGACUUCAUCAAGCGCCGACGCAACAUGCUGGCACUGCAGGACAAAAUUCACGCGGUCUGGCUUUGCAUCUCGAUACCUCUUGCCAAUGAAGCCUUGUUUGAGGAUGGAAUAGAGGAAUUCAUCAAAUUGAGGAAGGAAAUACUAGGCGAUAUUCCCAUAAUUGUCGUCUUCACCAAGUAUGACACUCUUGUCAACGAUUUGGAGCUCGAGGCCCGUAUGUCAGGCGAACAUGACGAAACCGCGCUCGAAGCGCGUAAAGUUGACAAAUUGAAUGAACUGUGUAUCCAGCCGCUUAAGGAAGUAGCCGGAAGCGACAUUUUGCACACAACGGUUUCUAUGGAUGAAGAGUACGAGAGCACCAUAAGACGACUGAUCGAUCUUACAACCACGAGCGUCGAAGAAUUUGUCGCCUCAGAAGCGGCAUUAGUAAUGAUGAUAGCCCAACGGGCAGACAUCGGUCUUAAAGUCAAGGCAUCACUUAUCAUUGGCAACAGAAGAUAUUGGAGAGGUCUCGCUGCGAACGUGAACUUCAAAGGCUUUACCAUGUCGGACUGCUUGUCUGUGAUUCACAAGGACGUCAUCGAUGUUUGGAACUUCAACGACCCUCACUGUCACUUGGCCAGUGACCAGUUCAAAGGAUUGAUACUAAAAGAUCUAGACAAAGCCGACGAACCGAUGCCAAAAGUUCCAGACAUGGUCGACCUUCCGUGGACAGCAGCACAACCUUUAAACAUUAGCAGUGAAUUCGGUCUUGCGACGAUUACAGCGAUUUUGACAUUGCUAGCUGGCGCGUUUCCACCGAUUGCCGCAGGGGUGGCCUUGGUUGAAUGUGCUCGUGAUGCCUAUCAACAUACAAAGAUUGUUUUACAGCGGAUUAUGACGUAUAUCGUGGAUUUAACAUGCGUCAUGCAGAUCUUGUUCCUGCUAGCACCGACAGGGCCUAUUUCUCGUCACGUCGUCAAAAUUGCCACCAAAGCCUAUGAGGAGGCGUGCAAGAAUAAAGUCCACUUAGCAAUCCAAUCCUAUUGUGUGUCUGCCAUGAGUACAGGAGAGGGUGAUGCGCUGGAGACGAUUGUUAGGAUGAUCAAGGAUCAUUCUAUCCAGGCUGACGAAGUUCAGGGCCUGAGGGCACGGAUGGAGGGGCCCGUGGAUUCGAAAGCAGACGAAGAGUGGUAG